AUGGACAAGUACGGGGUUGCUCGCAAGAUACGCACGUUGAACACCAAUGCAGAACUGGCGUCUGAGGAGAGGCGCGCCGAGCUGCCCCUGCGGACGGCCCCUGCGUGUAGCACCGGCGCUGCGGUGCAGGCGGAGGACGGGCUGCUGGGAUCAGGCAGCCUUCCCCCCUCAGCCGGGGAGUGGGCCGAGCGCGGCCUCCCGGAGGCGCCGUCCCCGCUAGUGACCCACCUCUUGUCCACCUCUAGCAUGUCCAAAAUACUGAAAUGUGCUGGAAACGAAGACAUCAUAACUCUCCGAGCAGAAGACAACGCGGAUACAUUGGCCCUAGUGUUUGAAGCACCAAAUCAGGAGAAGGUUUCUGAUUAUGAGAUGAAGCUAAUGGAUCUCGAUGUGGAGCAGCUUGGGAUUCCAGAACAAGAAUAUAGUUGUGUAGUGAAAAUGCCUUCUGCUGAAUUUGCCCGCAUCUGUAGAGAUCUCAGCCACAUUGGCGAUGCAGUUGUCAUCUCCUGUGCAAAAGAUGGUGUGAAAUUUUCAGCUAAUGGAGAGCUGGGAAAUGGAAACAUCAAGCUGUCACAGACCAGUAACGUGGAUAAAGAGGAAGAAGCUGUUACAAUAGAGAUGAAUGAGCCAGUCCAAUUGACCUUUGCUCUGAGGUACUUGAACUUUUUUACCAAAGCCACUCCCCUGUCACCUACGGUAACACUCAGCAUGUCUGCAGAUGUUCCUCUUGUUGUGGAGUACAAGAUUGCUGAUAUGGGACACUUAAAAUACUACCUGGCUCCAAAGAUUGAAGACCAACAAGAAGGCUCUUAAUUGGAGUAGAACUGAGGGGCAGAUCUGGUCAGCUCUUCGGAGGGGACAACUGGCUUUGAGAAGGAAACGGUGGUGUUAGCAAUUUCAGUGCAUUGGAGCAUCGUAUGAGCACUGUUAGGCAUGUUGUGUAGAUAUGUUUGUAAAUAUUUUUCAACUCACUAU